GAAAUCUCGGGGCCUAGUUUGAACUAGAAGCGUUUUGAUGAUGAUGUUAAUGUGCGACGACGUGAUGCUGCCAAAUAAAGGGAGUUAGGCGAUGCAUCUACAGUUGCUGUGCAUCCUGGAGUGAGAAAAACAGAUAGACAGAAAGAACGAGGAAGAAAAAGACAAAAAAUAGCGAAGCUGAACGCAGAAUCUUGAGAAGAAAACACGCACGCCGUCACAGAUUUUGGUUGAGACCUGUCCUCCAGGUUUCUGCAUCUCUGGUUAUGAUGCCAACUCGUAGCAGUGUUUCUGCGGGCAUUCCAAGCAGUAAAGUGAAGUACUCAAAGUUGUCAGACAAUGAUGAUGGCUACAUUGACUUACAGUUUAAAAAGAGUCCUCCCAAAGUACCUUACAAAGCAAUUGCCUUAGCAGCAGUACUUUUUUUGAUUGGCUCCCUUCUUAUCAUCAUUGGAGCUCUCCUCCUCACUGGUUACAUUCAUGUUUCGAGUCCUGACCGAACGUUUCCAGUUCUUAUAAUUGGUAUUCUGGUCUUCUUGCCUGGGUUUUAUCAUCUACGUAUUGCCUACUAUGCUUCAAAAGGCUACCGUGGCUACUCAUAUGAGGAUAUCCCAGACUUUGAUGAUUGAUAUUUUGUGCUGAUUAGAUUACCAACCACAGAGUGCUGGUGAUUAAGGAUUCUCAUUUUAGGGCUGCUGUUUGUUUGAUAAUCUACAAUCAAAAUGUUUCAUAUGAUGCUGCCAGCUGUCCUGAAUCCCUAAUGUCAUAAAAUUCUCUUCACUUUACACAUAGACACUAUAUGUUCAGUCAUAUGUUUUAAACUGGAAAACAUGUCUGUCUAAUAAUAAUCCCUAAGAUUGGAUGCAGUGAUUGCUCAUCUAGGGUCUACCAAAAUAUUGGAUCCUAAAAAUGAAUCUACAACGGAGAAAUUGGCAGAUUUGAAUAUGUGAAGUUUAUCCUCAUCAAUAUUGCAAAAGCAAGGAGUACAACAUUUUUCCUGUUAUAUAACUUAUUCAAAAGGAGCCUUUCAAUUUCUUCUCAAAGGCUUUUGGUAGUCAGUUACAUAUUAUGCAUCACAGCCUCCGUUUUAUCUGCUAAAUUGUUAUUUAACCAGAGAUACAGUACAAACUGUACAAAUGUUUUAAAUUUUGUACUGAGAAAAUUGAGUACAGUCUCACUGAACAAAUUACUUGUCCCACUGUAUCUGGAAAGACAUGCUUAAACCCAACUUCAAUACAGUAAACUUUUAUCAAAUCUAAUGUAUUAACUGUAUGCCAAGGUACAAAAUAUAUUUAUAGACGGUUCUGAAAUUGUGCUGUGCAUUUGAAAAUAUAGAACAGGCUAUAAGGAUUAAUUUGUCAUGAGUUAAGUGACAGUAACAUUUGAAUAUCACACAGAACACUCUUCUUCAUGCUGUUUUGGUGGACUGAUUGCUAUCUUUAUUGUUAGAAUUUUACUUGUAUAAAUAUUGUAUAAUAGCUGCGCAUAUUCUGAGAUUUUAAAGUGAUGUGUAAAGUAAAAAAUUCAUGUGUACAUAUAUAGUGUACAUAUUACAUAUGAGGAUGUAAUAAUAAACAUUUAUUUUCUUUGAUAGAAACUCACUACUGGCAAGUCUACUAUAACUGACUUGAUACAAGUUGAAGUGUAUGGGGCUUGUGAUGUGGUCAAUGAGUGCCAACCACACUACUUUUUAUUUACAAGAAGGAGGUGCAGGUUAAGUCCUUGUAUUAUGCACAUUAAACUUUGUAUGUAUUUGGGAGCACCAGUGUACUAAUAAACAGACUAAUGUACUUUCUGAACAUCCCGUUGUUAAUGGUUCAUUGCAUAAGGAAAUAACCAGGUACCUUUUCUUCUCUGUUGGAAGUGUAAAACCCUAAUAACAUAAAACACUGUCAUGAUAAAGACCAAAGAAUUAUAACAAUUUUAUUUACAAUUUUAAGUGUUUAUGAUAAUGUGUGGUGACUAAUGAAUUUUACUUGCUUCUUACAAAAAUGUGAAAUAGUUGCAUCAAAUGCUAAAAGAUGAAGUAUGGUUGAAGCUUUUCAUUAAAAUCUUAAUAUAUACAAGUAUAUUAUAGAUAUCCUGUUCACAGUACUAAUGCAAGCUUUGAUUUUAACGAGAGAAAAAUUUUAUUGUGAAUCAAACAUCUAAUUGGAAACUUAUUGUUUUAUCUCAGGUUGAAAUCUAUUAAGUAUGUAAAGUAACUGAAUAACUAGAGUAUUUGUACUAUAAAUAAAAUUUUAUUGAAUAGUUUUUUGACUUUUACUACAUAACAUUUAUUCUCAGCAGCGAAUUAAAGAAUGGGAGUUAAUGCAUUUGUCAUUAAUGCUUAGUUCUUCUCUUUUACUGUGCCUGAUUUUUUGAUUGCAAAUGUUCCAUAGUACAAACAGCAAGGAAAAAAGUAGGCUUACAUGUUGGAUGUGAUUUAAAGUUUAUCAACACCUUUGCAAGACAAGUGACUCUUAUUAAAUAGAGAGUUUAAGGUAUGUGACUAAUUGCUCUUCCUUCUUACCACUGGAAAAUACUUUUACUGUAUGGCAUAGACAAUUGCAAAGUAAAUAUUUAUCUUGUAAUAUAUAUUAUCUGUUUUCUAUUCAGCUCUUGGCAUAUCAUUAAUACAUGUGAGAACUAUUUCGCUGCUUUUAAGGACAAAGAAUAAAAUUUUAAACUAAAUAAAA